UGGGAAGAGGAAUUGGCAGAGCUAUGGGCAACUCUUGCCUCACUGUUUCGCCUGCAGAGCAGACAACCUUCAAGUGGACAAUUGACGGCUUCUCCUCGCUUCUCAACAAGGGUGAAGGAUGGACAUACUCUGGAGCGUUUAAGAUCAUGGACUUGAACUGGUACUUAAUGCUGAAUCUGAGGGACAAAAAGAGUGGAGAUCAAAAUGAUUAUGUCUCUAUGAGGCUUGGGCUGUCAAAAAGUUCAAUGAAACCCGACACUAUCGUUGAGGCAUGUUUCAAGUUCAUGAUAUAUGACCAGUUCUAUGGAAAGCACCGCAAAUAUCAAGUGAAGCACAAUUUCGAGACUGGAAGCACAAGCACUGGGAUAGCAUGCAUGAUUCCCCUCGAUAUACUGAAGGAACAGUCCUCUGGAUUCUUCAUCGGCGACACCUGUGUCUUUGGAGUCAAGUUCAUUAAAGUUGUCACUGCAAAAGCGGAUAUGAUAUCAGAAACACUCUUUGUCCGGAAGACGAACACCUUCAACGAGGCCAAAACUUACACUUGGAACAUAGAGGACUUCUUUGCUCUAAAGAAUACAAGCUGUUCUCCGGAAUUCGAAAUCAGCGGAUACAACUGGUUCCAUACCUUUUCAUUUUUAGGCUUGGUUUCAUUAAAGCUACUGCAGUUCAUUUGAAUUUGAUCAUUGAAAAGUAAAGACUACUAUAUCUGCCCUUUUUUUUCAAGAGGUACUGAGGGCUGCGCCGUUUUCAUUCAUGGACUGAAUCGCAGACCUUUGACACUGUUCAAUUUUGCAGGUUAAUCAGUAUCUAUCAAUCUAGUCACGAUAGCAUCUUCAGCUUGCGAUGCUUGACGUGACUGGAUGUUAUUUCAAUCCGAGCCCUCUUACCAGUUUAAACAUGAUUUUAUAGAAAUUACUACAGUGCACAUGUAAUUGACACGUAAAGAGUAAUGUAGCUUAAUGCAUCAACUGAAUUGUGCAUGUGUGAUGCUUCCAAACUUGCAGGUUUAUAAGUAUGCAUCUAUCUGAUGACGGGAAGCACCUCUCCUUGUAUCUGAACAUGGGCAAGCCAAAUGAUCUCCCCAAAGAUCUGGCAGCCUGGUCGAACUUACCUUAUUCAUCUAUGACCAGGAGGGUGGCAAGCAUCGCGAUGCAACUGGCCGGUUCUCCACGAGCAAUUGUAAGUGGGGACUGGAGAAGUUCAUUUCACUAGAGGAUUUCAAGGACGCUUCGAAUGGGUAUCUCACAAAAAACAAGUGUUGCAUUGAAGGCAAGCUCGAAAUCG